AGGUAGAGAACAAAUACAAAACAAGAGAGAGCAAAUCACCGCAAAUAUACUGAGAUGCAACAACAACAGCAACAGCAAUCUGGAGCAGCAACAGCAACAAAUGGAGGACCACGCGUCAGCUUCAACCGGGAUGUGCACGUGAAGCGGAUAGGCAAACGUCCCAGCGAAUACGAAUCGAGCCAAGGGCCGAGCUACCAUCAACUGCCGCCGGACAUUGAUCCAGCGGACAUAAGGAAGGAGGCAGCGUUGGUCAUUGCCCAGGCGGGCAGGCAUCACAGCAAGGCGGAGAACGGCGACAGGGAGAAUAUAUCCAACUUCAGGAGCAAACAGAAGCGCCAGAGCGACGCCCAGAGGUUCCACUCGCUGCCGACGCGCAGGAAGAAGGGCAAACCGGUGGCCAGGAGUGCCAGCGACGCCUCCAGCAAGAAGCCAGCAGGCAAGCGGCCCUCGAUCUUCGGCCUCUUCAGCCGGAAGAGCGACUCGAAUGUCAACCAGCUGGAGCGGGAUCCGCGCUUCGAGGACGGCGGCGCCAGGCGUCUAGUGCGCAGCAAGAGUGAUGUGGGCGGGCGCAGGCCCGAGAGCAGAGUAACCAAGAGGCCAGAGGCAGCAUCUGCUGGCAGUGCCACAGCCACGGGCAGCGCCUCCAAGCAGCAGCUGAGUCCCAUCAUCGAGCAGGCCCAGAGGGAGGACUUCUUCGAGAAGGACUACUUCAGGGAGCGCGAGAGGCGCAAGUCGGACGCGGUCACACUCCGGGAGAAGGAUGAGUCGGGACUGAGCGAACUGCUCAACCGCAGCCGCUCCCAGGUGGAACCAGACGCCUCCCUACUAAAGCGAGAGCCAGCAGCCGGAGGCAACACCUUCUCCGCCUCCAUAUCGGCGGGCAUACGCGACCGCAUCGAUACCCUGAGGGCCAAGUCCAACGAGAACAUGCACAGCUCCCAGCAGCCGGCCGAGCGGCUGCCCCUCACCAAGGGACGCACCGUGGACGGACUGGUGAAGCGUCUGUCCAUGGAGCGCUUCUCCCCGCAGCCCUACAUCAGUCAGCCGGGCUUCUCCUAUAUCCGGCCCAACGAGGGCAUCACCUACGCCCAGCUGGACCACAGUCCGCUCGAAGAGAGCCGCCAGCGUUCGCCUCUCGGUCGGGACAUGCGCUCCCCGCAGCGGGAGUUCGCCCCCGCCAGGCCACCCCGGGCCAACGACAGGGCACAGCACAGUCCCGGACAGAGCAGCUACUCCCCGACCGCCAAUGGAGGAGCAGCACCGCUGCCCACUCGGGUGAGCCACUCGCAUUCGCACUCGCCCUCGCCCUGGCAGCAGCUCAGUCCCCGCAACCUCAGCGACGAGGACGAGGGCCUGGGCUAUGAGCCGCGUAAGGUCUACUACGAGGACGAGUACCCGCCCCGGCGGCCCGAGCCGCCCAUUGUGCCCGUGAUACGCAGCGUCAGCCCCGCGCCGUAUCUGGACGAGCUGGGCUACCGGCGGGCCCAGCUGGAGACCCGCAUACUCACCCGUCGCUUCGGGGAGGGAGCCGCCACCCUGGAGCGCCACAACAGAGUGGAGCAACAGCCAGAGAGGGAGAGGGAUCGAGGACGUGUCUAUCUGAGUCCCGAGAGAGAUGAAGAGCGCUUCCAGCGGGUUGCAGCGCGGCCAACGGAGCUGUCCAAUGAGUAUCCGGCGCAGCAGGAACGCUCCCAGGUGGACGGCACGCUGCCCAAGAUGGAGAAGACUUCGCGGUAUCGGCACACAAAGUACUACGAUGACGGGCACGGCGGCGUCAAGGAGACCUAUGUGCGGGAGACCCAAAAGGACGGACAGAUCCGCGAGUCGCGGCACCGCGAACGGAUUGGGGAGCGCGAACGAGACUACAACUCGGCGGACAGGCUGGAGCACGAGCCGAAGAGCCUCGACUCGCAGCUGACGGGCACCGAUCUGUACCGAUCCUCGCCAGAGCUGCGCCCCAACCAGCACCAGCAGCAGCAGCAGUCGGGGGUGCAGCAGCAGGACUAUUGGCAGAGCAGCCUCAAGCGGGACAAGCUGCAGCAGCGGAGCUUCGACAAGGGCGAUUCGGGCAUUGAGAAUGACUUCCGCAAGGAGUCCUUCAAUGGGGAUCUAACCACAAGGUGGCGCAAGCGCACGGCCAUCGAUGACAUGCGGGCCUGCGAGUCCUUUCUGCGGAAGGAGCGCCGCGACAGCGCCCAGCAGCGCCAGCUGCAACGGCAGGCCAUCAUCCCGGCACGUCUGAGGCGGGAGAACAGCUACGUGUACAGGGAGCGCUCCAUCGACGAUGGCUCCCACUUUGAUCCGCAUCUGGACAAGUAUCCGGUGGCCACCAGCACGCUGCGACGACGCGAACAGCAGUCGCAGUCCCGCUCCCAGUCGCAGCCGCAGUCUCAGUCUCGCGAGGAUUCCAGCACGCUGAAGCGCAACAAGAAGUUGGGCGGCUUCGAGAAGGUCAAGCAGCUGUUCACGGGCGCUGCAAGUGGCAGCCACGGCGGCAGCGGGCGCAGCAGUGGCAGCAACGUCUCCAGUGGCAAGAAGGAGCGCCUGAGCAAUGGUCAGAGCAACAGCAGCACCUUGAGUCGCCGCGACAAGGAAAAACAAAAGGAGAGGGAACGCUAUAUGGUCAGAGAGGAGGAGAUGCGUUCGCGCUACCGUGAGCAUCAGGCUUUAGCCGAGGAGAACUCACGCGAACCAAAGACUAUCGAUAUCUCGAUGCGACGCCGCCUGUCCACGCCCAAAGCUAGUCCCCUGCUGCUGAAGCGCAGCUCGGCGGACAAGCCGCCCAAGAAACUGCCGCAGAAGGCCAAGGAGGCGACACCGGUGAAGGUGGAAAAGACGAGCUGGUUCAAGUCACUGGAUCGCCGGGCCAAGAGCAGUCCCAAGGAGCUGAAUGUGUCUGUCAAUGGACACAGUGAAAAUACCUCCAGCCUGAAGCGCAGCAAACGGAAUGCAACGGCGGCCCCGGCCAAGAAUCUGCGCUUCUUCGGCGACACCGAUCUGGACUCGAAUCCGCCAACCAUCUCAAAGGCCAGCAGCAUGCCCAGAAGUCGUCCGUCUUUGGGCCAGUCGAAGCACUCGCAGAGUGCCUAUAAUCUGGACCGCAGUCCACCUCCGCCCUCGAGGGACUAUCGCCACACGCUCUCCGGCCAGUCGCAGGGCAGUCAAUCGGCAGUGAGCAGUCGCCAGCGGGCCAGCUCGAUGCAGCAUCUGGACAACGGCAGCGACGAGGUGGAUUUCCGCAAGCGGCGGCAUUACUCGCGCUCCCGCGAGCUGCACGACAUCUCGGAGAGCGGCUCGGAGCCAGAGCCGGCGGAGCGGCACAAGCGCAGCUCCACGCAGAGAGCCAUGUCGCUGGAGAGGUCGGCAGCGGAGGGUCAGCGGGUUCAGCGCUUCGAGGAUCGCCCGCUGAUGGGACCACCGAAGCCCGCACGUAGUGCAGAGCGUCGCGGACUCCUCUCCAGCUUGGGCCAGGAAAAUGUCGGCUACGGCAGGGAUCGCUUUCCUGCCGAGAGCUCGGGCACCGAGGGCGAGUCGAGUCUUCACAGCCAGCGGAGCGUUGUCUACCUGCACGCCACCACAGUGGGCGACAUCCCACAGCCAUACAACCUGCGUCGCCGCUCCGUGUCCCGCGAGGAUCUCCGCAAGGGUGGAGCCAGCAAGCAGCAGCAGCAGCAGCCGCCGCCACCCCUCCAGCCCAUGACGCGCACCGUGUCCAGGUCCGUGUCAAUGCUGGCCCCCUGGAAGCCCAAGCACAUCAGCGAGGGCUACGAGAUCAACUACUCCCAGGAGCAGAACAAGCGGAUGUCUACACUGCCACGCAAGCCGCCGCCGCACAAUGGAGCCACCAGUGCCAGCACCCUGAGUCGCCUGGGCCGCAAGAACGAGACGUCGACGUCCACGUUGACGCCGUCGCGUCGCCAUCACAUGGACAGCCUCGAUCGCCCGCCUCCGCCACGGUCCGUGCUCUCUGCAUCGAAUUUACGGAGCGCCAAGACAAAGUGAGCUCCGAGAGCGCGUUCCACUGCUCACCGGUGCUCUGUCCCCCCCCCUGUCUUCCUCGAGUUAACCAUGCCCAACUCUAAUCGUAAUCCUUAAUUCGAAUUCGAAUCCGACGUAGACGUAGCAUCCGUGGGUCCCAGACAUGGCAGAUGGGGGAAGAUGAUAUGUGAGGAGGGGCCAUGGAGAGGAGAUGCCUGCCGUUUGCUUAGUCUGUAGCAAAUUCUUUAACCCUUGUUGCAAUUCUCGUCAUAUUUUUAAAAAUGUGAAAUGUAAAAUGUAAUCGUACUCGUAUUCGUAUUCGUAUUCGUAUUCCAGUAAUAAUUAUACAUUAAUAAACGUACCAGAUUUUAACUUAAACGAA